AUGAGCCAGGUGCUGGGCAAGCCGCAGCCGCAGGGCGAGGACGGCGGCGACGACGAGGAGGAGGAUGAGCUGGUGGGGCUGGCGGGCUACGAGGAUGGGCCCGAGUCCUCGGACGCCGAGCUGGACAGCGGGCCGGAGGAGGGAGUUCUGGACUUCAGUGACCCCUUCAGCACUGAGGUGAAGCCCAGAAUCCUGCUCAUGGGUCUCAGAAGGAGCGGCAAGUCGUCCAUACAGAAAGUUGUCUUUCACAAAAUGUCCCCGAGCGAGACGCUGUUCCUGGAGAGCACCAACAGGAUCUGCCGGGAAGAUGUCUCCAACAGCUCCUUUGUCAACUUCCAGAUUUGGGACUUCCCAGGGCAGAUUGACUUUUUUGACCCUACAUUUGACUAUGAGAUGAUCUUCCGGGGCACAGGAGCACUGAUCUUUGUCAUCGACUCCCAGGAUGACUACAUGGAAGCGCUGGCCAGGCUCCAUCUCACAGUGACCAGGGCCUACAAGGUGAACACAGAUAUCAACUUUGAGGUGUUUAUUCAUAAAGUAGAUGGUCUGUCAGAUGAUCAUAAAAUUGAAACCCAAAGAGACAUUCACCAGAGGGCAAACGAUGACCUUGCUGAUGCUGGAUUAGAAAAAAUUCACCUGAGCUUUUAUCUGACAAGCAUAUAUGAUCAUUCAAUAUUCGAAGCCUUCAGUAAAGUGGUUCAGAAACUGAUCCCACAGCUCCCGACGCUGGAGAAUCUGCUGAACAUCUUUAUCUCCAAUUCUGGAAUUGAGAAAGCAUUUCUAUUUGACGUGGUCAGUAAGAUUUAUAUUGCAACCGACAGCACGCCGGUGGACAUGCAGACAUACGAGCUCGGCUGCGACAUGAUUGAUGUGGUGAUUGACAUCUCUUGUAUCUAUGGCCUCAAAGAAGAUGGAGCAGCCGCCCCAUAUGACAAGGACUCGACAGCCAUUAUAAAACUGAAUAACACAACGGUUCUUUAUUUAAAAGAGGUCACAAAGUUCUUGGCACUCGUUUGCUUUGUCAGAGAGGAAAGCUUUGAAAGAAAAGGACUUAUUGACUAUAAUUUCCACUGCUUCCGGAAGGCCAUCCACGAAGUCUUUGAGGGCUAUUCCCUGACAGCCUCUGUCAACAGGCUGGAUGGAGGUUGACUGCUUUUAAGAGUAACACCACCACCCCCCACCUCCUGCGCCCUGACAAAGACACCGAGAGUGAGAAGCACACUUUGCUUUUUUUGAGAGAGGGGGUCUGAGGUAACCCAGACUGGCCUCAGACUUGCCAAGUAGCCAAGGAUGCUCUCCAGUUUCUGAUCCUUCAGCCUCCGCUUUCUCUAAGUGCUGACAUUAUAGGAAUGCACCACCAUACUUGGCUUGAACCAGUGCUGAGAAUUGAACCCAGUGCUUUUUGCAUGUGAGGGCAAGAAUUCUACCAAGCUAGUAUCCUCUAGCUCGCUUUCUUAAUAGCUUUUUUAAUAAAGAAUUUCUCUUGAAUAGACAAAGAAUUGAAUUUUUAAUAAGACUUUAGUUUUGAGAUAAGACACUUGCUUGUCUGAUAAACCACAUAAAAUUAGCAUGUCUAACUGGCGCUUCCAUUCUGAAGCUGGUUAUAGAAUGGGUUUUUUUGUUGAAAUGUGCCUUAAAAGCCUAUCACUUUAAGAGCAUGUGAUUCUCUGAGGAUAGGCAAAAGUCCUGUGACGUAGGGCCCACGUUCCUGAUCAUAAACGCACUCUUUAGUCACAACCCUGAUUACUGCCUCGAGCCUGGUGUGACAGUGACCUCUUGAAGAUGUCUGAAUGGUGAAGUUUCUGUCUGUGACUAGAAUCGCAACAUGUCUUCAUAUUUGUUUUGUAUUUUAUCUUAGAUUUGGGAGUUAGCUUAAUGAACUGUAGAUCUGUGUUUAUGCUCAAACGUAACUAUAAACAGAAAGGUCAAACUCUUGACUACGGUGGCUUCAAUAGAACAUGUUUGUUUGGUUUUAGGAGUUGAGCACUUGAGGAUUUAUAGAACAGGCAGGCUUUUGCUCUUUGAAUCAAGUAUAACUUCUGUGUAAGAGUUGUACUGAAUUACUGUCUUUAGUUAACUGUAAUGAUGGUUAACUGUGAAUGACCUGUACGGAAUGCUUUUGAAGGAGUAGAAGUAAAAACUGAUUAAUAGAUACCAAGUGUUAUUUUGCGAACAUGAUAUAUUUUGGGUCCUUAAAUAGAAAACGACUAGAAAUCACAGCAGUACUAUUAUGUAUGGGUUAUAUGCCAACUGUGUCGGAAACAGAAUUCAUCAACUCAAUGGAGCUGUCAUGAUUAAAGUACAGUAUGCACUCAACAGACACAGGCUGUAGUUUGUAACCAAGCACACUGGUUUACUGUUGAGGACAUUGUUUGUAACAAUGAUGUAACAGGGAUGAUAACUGCCAACUUGAAAGCAUGUUUGUGUGCCCGUGGCUUGACGUACCCAGAGCUUAGUUUUCUGAGAGCAGAAUGGUCUCUUGUUGAAAUUUAAGAUGAUGUUUACUAUAUACAUAUCACUGUUUUAUUGGUUAUGUUAGGUCCAUUUAAUAAAAAGAGAAGUUUAAA